AUGAAAUACUCGUAUCAUGCAGCCGAUGUCGUGCCAUCAGCUCUGGUCAGCCACAUUUACGUUGCCUUCUUCGGGGCUGAGAAAGCUCUAAAGUCAAAAUGGGUGGUCAUUUCAUUUGGCCGAUUCCUUCAGAAAGGAAUUGUGUUCACUUUUCAUCGGGAGAUGCACAUUAAUAAACAUUACUUUCUCGAGGCUUUCUGGAACACUGGGAGACAACAGCGCCUGCAGCAGGCUCUCGUCGUGCUCGACGUCUAUUCAGAUCGCGUCGCGUCGCGUCGUGCUGUGCCAAUGCGGCAGUCCCGGGUUCGCUCUCACGCGCCGCCUCUACAGCCGCAGCGCCUCAUUCGACACACAUUCACCCUCUCCCACCGCCCCGACAGCGCUCUUAAAGCAUCAAUUAUGGCUAAUUACGACCGUCAGUCAACUGUGUCGUUUAAACGUCCCGACGCAAAUAUGGCCGCCAAAGGUGUUCGAUCGAAUGGCAGCACCAAAGGCAAAGGCGCGUGGCGCGAGAGCUGUCGCGCCGGCCCGCGUCGCCGCCCCGCGGGCGGGCUCCGCCCCCACCUCCUCCGCCGGCCGACGGGGCAACGGGCACGGCCGGGCGCCGCCCCGCCCCGGCCCGCCCCAUCCCGACCGCAAGCACCGCCUCAUCUCAGCCUGGCCGCGCGCCAAGCCCGUCUCGGCGCCCAGCGCUGCCCCCGGCACCCGCCACUGGAGCCUCAAGGAGCUCGGCGCAGCACCUGGGCACCCAAGGCCAAGAGCCCGCUACCUCGACUCUUCCGCCGCUCCUCCUUCUCCGGCCACCACGGGCGCCCGGCCCCGGCGCCGGCCCCGCCCCGCCCCUCGCUCUUCGUCGCACUGCCCCCCCCCGCCCCGCCCCGCCGCCCGCCAGCGCUCGCCGCCUCCACCGCCACCACCGCCUUCAACGCCGCCUCGGCCGUCGUGCCCGCCCCCGCCGACUCCUCCUCCUCCGCCGCCGCGCUCGCCGGCGCCCUCGGCAACUUCCAGUACCAGGCGGUGGUGCGCCGCCAUAAGGACAUCCUGCCGCGCAUCAUACGCGGCCCGCAGGCCAACCUGCAGCUGCGCCUGCAGGUGUCGCAGGAGCUGCAGCAUCUGCGGCUGGACGGCACGCCCUUCCAGAACCUGACGCAGCUGGACGUGAGCGAGAACAGCAUCGAGAGCCUGGACCUGAGCGCGCUCACCAAACUGGAGAGCGUGCAGUGUUCGCGCAACCGCCUCUCGGAGCUGGCCCUCAACGGCAAGGCGCUCGUCUCGCUCAUCGCCGGCAACAACAGGUUGCAGAAGCUCACAAUUAGUCCAGCUCCAACGAACUUGAAGCACCUCGAUGUUUCGUACAAUUUGAAUCAAAUUCGAAGAUUUUCUGAAGAGAGUGACCUGCGCAGACGUGAAGUCGUGAUGACGCAACUUGAAACGUGA